GCAAGAGCGCGCUUGUGAUAUGCCGCCUGUCUUUGCACACAGACAGCGCUCGUGCUCUCUCUCUCUCUCUCUCUCUCUCUCUCUCUCUCUCUCUCUAUGGUCAUUCUUGUUAUAAUUCAGCAUGCUCGGACACUCUCUUGGAGUAAAACUGCGCCCAAAAUCAGCCUUUCAUUCAUCAGUAUUUUGGAGAGGAGCGAAACGGAGGGAAUUUACGCGCCGGGAGGACGCAAAGGCUCGCGCGCUGUGGUCGUCUCUGGCAGGCAAAUGGAGACUUCAGGAAUAUGAGCGUCUGUAAUACCAAGUUGUAAUACCGGCAUGCCAGAAAACGUUCUUCUUGUCAGGAACCUCAGGGAAGUGGGACACGUCGGGCGCGUGACGGAGUCUGGCGCGCGCCCCGCCUGGGCUGUAGCGCUGCUGGCCACUGUGCUCAUCUUCAUCACAGUAGUCGACGUGCUGGGCAAUUUACUGGUUAUCAUUUCUGUGUUCCGGAAUCGUAAACUGAGAAACGUGGGUAAUGUGUUUGUAGUUAGCCUGGCCUUUGCUGACUUGGUAGUGGCUUUCUACCCAUACCCACUAGUUCUGUAUGCAUUGUUCCAUGACGGAUGGUCACUGGGGGACACACAAUGCCAAGUGAGUGGCUUCCUAAUGGGCCUGAGUGUAAUUGGUUCAGUGUUCAACAUCACAGGCAUUGCUAUCAAUCGCUAUUGCUACAUUUGCCACAGCUUUGCCUAUGGGCGCCUCUACAGCUUCCGUAACACACUGCUACUGGUGGCACUCAUCUGGAUGUUGACUGUGCUGGCCAUUCUCCCCAACUUCUUUGUAGGCUCGCUCAGCUAUGACCCCAGAGUCUACUCAUGCACAUUUACUCAGACAGCCAGUAGCUCAUACACAGUGGCAGUGGUGGUGAUGCACUUUCUGGUACCCAUUGCAGUGGUGACCUUCUGCUACCUCCGCAUCUGGGUGCUGGUCAUUCAGGUCCGCCGCAAAGUAAGAAAGGAAGCGCAUGGCAGGGUACGACGUAGUGACCUGCAAAACUUUGUCACUAUGUUUGUGGUAUUUGUUCUGUUUGCCCUCUGCUGGGCACCACUGAACCUUAUUGGCCUGGUGGUAGCAGUCAACCCAGAAGUAAUGGCCCCUCGCAUCCCUGAGUGGCUGUUUGUGGUCAGCUAUUUUAUGGCCUACUUCAACAGCUGUCUUAAUGCUAUCAUCUACGGGCUGCUGAACCGGAAUUUUCGCAAGGAGUACAAGAGCAUUGUAACAUCUGUGUGGAUGCCACGGCGGUUUGUAUCAGAGACAUCCAGAGUUGCCACAGAUGGGAUGCGAAGCAAACCCUCACCAGCUAUCAACAAUGACUGAAUAUGCCACACAGACAAUCAGUUUUCUCUGUUGCCUCAAAUAGGAAAUGCCAAUUCAGUGAAAUGCCAAUUUUUAAUGAGUAUGUCAUCACUUGUCAUGUGAAUAAUUUGUUUGUCUGUUUACACAGCUCAGGGUGCUUAUCUACUUUUUGCCACUGUGGAAAGAUCAGUUUUAAAGCAUUGUAAUUAUAUUUUAAUAAUUAAUGCUGAAUAUAUGUGUAUUAUUUUGGGUUUAACUGUAUUCAUGCUGGUGACAUCAAAGUAUUUUGUCUCAUGCAAGAUAUGUUGGUACUUAUUGUGCAUGUGUUAACCUUAAACCAAAUAAUGAAAACAUGCUGAAAGAUUUCUGUGUACGGAGAGUGAUGUAGUUAAGGCAAACAUGUCAAAGGUCUAGUAAAUCUGGAUAAAUCAAGAUCUAUAAUCUGUUUCAAAUGAUUAAGUCAAGAAGAAGAAAUUUGACCUUCAUUGGUGUGAAGGCUUAUCUAAUCUAUUUUGUUUGUCUCCUAUCCUUCACACAUUAAAAUAAUUGACGUUUUGUUAUUUGCCAGAAGAAAUAUGUGCAUGACUGUAUUAUAUAAACCUUUAUUACUUUAACAAUUGUGAAAAAUUAAAAAGUACCAGGCAGAAACAUAUAAAAGUGAAAGACUGACAGUUAAGAGGU